AAUUAAGUAACAGGUGAAUAAGCAAGGAGAUGGGAAGUUAGUGAGAUGAUUGGGAUGGGAGGGUGAUGAAUAUGUGGCGAGGGUGAGUAGUGAGUGACAGUGAGGAGGAGAGGAAAUUCAAAGACUGAAUUGAAAAAGAAGAUAAUAUAAUAGUAUCAUUCAUUCAUUCAUUCAUUCAUCCAUUCCAUUCCAUUCAUAUGGUUAUCCAUUAGCCGUUCCUUCCUUCUUCCUCAAUUACUAAUUAACAACAACAGAAUCAACCAAUCAAUCAAUCGGCAUGGAAGGGUUGGCGGUUCCAUUCCCACACCUUUUGCCAUUGCCGCCCUUUCCAAAACUUGCCACCGUUACUGCUGUUGCUGCUAUUUCCACUUCCACUUCCACUUCCACCGGAGGAGGAGGAGGAGGAUUUAUCUCUCUCAAACAACAACAACUACAACUGCGUCCACGUCGUGGUUCUCCGCCCUAUUGUACAGCAUCAUCAUCAUCAUCAUCUCACUCGCAGUCUGAGGAAGAAGAACGUGUGAGUGGAGAUUCCAUACGCGAAAGAUUUCUGAAUUUUUAUGCUUCCCGUGGUCACAAGGUCCUUCCAAGUGCUUCUCUCGUCCCAGAUGACCCCACCGUUCUUCUCACUAUCGCUGGGAUGCUUCAAUUCAAGCCUAUCUUCCUUGGAAAUGUUCCCAGACAAGUCCCUCGUGCUACUACUUCACAGCGCUGCAUCCGUACUAAUGAUGUCAACAAUGUUGGCAAUACCUCAAGACAUCAUACCUUCUUUGAGAUGCUUGGAAACUUCAGCUUUGGUGAUUACUUCAAAAAACAAGCUAUUCAAUGGGCAUGGGACCUAUCUACUGUUGAGUUUGGUUUGCCUCCUCAAAGAUUAUGGAUUAGUGUUUAUCAAGAUGAUGAUGAGUCUUUUCAGUUAUGGUCUCAACAGGUUGGUGUUCCCGUUGAGCGAAUAAAGAGGUUGGGUGAAGACGACAACUUUUGGACCAGUGGAGUCACGGGUCCAUGUGGUCCUUGCUCCGAAAUUUAUUAUGAUUUUCAUCCUGAGAGGGGAUACAUCGAUGCCGAUCUUGGUGAUGAUACGCGUUUUAUAGAGUUCUACAAUCUAGUAUUCAUGCAAUACAAUAAAAAAGACGAUGGUUCUCUUGAACCGCUAAAGCAGAUGAACAUCGAUACUGGGCUCGGUCUAGAGCGCUUGGCUCGCAUUCUUCAAAAGGUUCCAAACAACUAUGAAACUGACUUGAUUCUCCCCAUCAUAGAGAAGGCGUCUCAAUUAGCAAAUGUUUCAUAUGGCAUUUCUGAUGAUCAGACAAAGAGGUAUCUGAAAAUUGUAGGAGAUCACAUGCGUGCAAUUGUGUUUCUCAUCUCUGACGGGGUCGUCCCAUCAAAUGUUGGGAGGGGUUAUGUAGUUAGACGGCUUAUCAGAAGGGUUGUUCGUACAGGCAGGUUGCUUGGUAUAAAAGGUGAUGGUAGGGGAGACCUUGAAGGAGCAUUUUUACCUACUAUUGCUGAGAAAGUAGUAGAAUUAAGUACACACAUUGACGCUGAUGUGAAGAACAGAGCACCCCGAAUCCUCGAGGAGUUGAAGAGGGAAGAGUUUCGGUUUGUGCAGACGCUGGAAAGAGGAGAGAAGUUGCUUGAUGAAAAGCUUGCAGAUGCUAUAUCAAGUGCUGAACGAAAUGGAUCUGUACCUUGUUUGGCUGGUGAAGAUGUGUUUAUUUUGUAUGACACUUAUGGUUUCCCCAUGGAAAUAACAAAAGAAGUGGCUGAAGAGCGUGGUGUGUGUAUUGACAUGAAUGGUUUUGAUAUUGAGAUGGAGAAGCAAAGGCGUCAAUCUCAAGCUGCACACAAUACUGUCAAGCUUGCCAUUGGAAGCGGGACAAAUAUUGCAGACAAUGUACCUGACACUGAAUUUAUUGGAUAUGAAAGUCUUUAUUGUAAAGCUAUCGUAGCAAGCCUAGUGGUAAAUGGCGAUCCAGCUGUACAGGUCAGUGAAGGGAGUAAUGUGGAAGUUUUGCUAAACAAGACUCCAUUUUAUGCUGAAUCUGGAGGACAAAUUGGAGAUCAUGGUUUUCUGUAUAUAUCAGAGGGUGAGAAUCAACCUAAAGCUGUAGUGGAGAUAAUAGAUGUUCAGAAGUCUUUUGGUAAUAUAUUUGUUCACAAGGGUAGAGUCCAAAAGGGUGUUGUAGAGGUUGGCAAACAAGUGGAAGCAACAGUGGAUGUAAAGUUGAGGCAACGAGCUAAGGUACAAAAACUGUGUACCCCACUAAUUUUAUUCAUUUACUUUUUUGGUGAAUCUUCACUCGGGAUAAAAUUUGAUAAAGACAAAUCCUUACAUCAUCAUAGUCAUGCGUAUUUUCAAAUUCCAAUCUUACAAGUUGUUACAGUGAGUAUAAUUGGCGCUUUACAGGUUCAUCAUACUGCUACUCAUUUACUACAAGCAGCACUUAAAAAAGUCAUUGGUCAGGAGACCUCUCAAGCUGGUUCUUUGGUGGCAUUUGAUCGUCUCAGGUUUGAUUUCAACUUCCACCGUCCACUUCUUGAUAGCGAGCUUGCAGAAAUUGAAGUGCUGAUAAACGGAUGGAUUGAGAAUGCGAUUCUUCUUCAGACCAAAGUGAUGCCUCUUGCUGAUGCAAAAAGAGCAGGAGCAAUUGCAAUGUUUGGAGAAAAAUAUGGGGAAGAGGUACGUGUGGUAGAGGUUCCUGGAGUAUCGAUGGAACUUUGUGGUGGGACUCAUGUCAGUAAUACUUCUGAAAUUCGUGGUUUUAAAGUAAUUUCAGAGCAGGGUAUUGCAUCUGGUGUCAGGCGAAUAGAAGCUGUAGCUGGGGAAGCUUUCAUUGAAUAUGUCAAUGCCCGAGAUUCUUAUCUGAAACAGCUAUGUUCCACUCUCAAAGUUAAACCUGAAGAAGUAACUGCGAGGAUAGAAAACCUUUUAGAGGAGUUACGGGUAGCAAGAAAUGAAAAUUCGGCUGUGCGUGCAAAAGCAGCAGUCUACAAAGCUUCAGUAAUUGCAAACAGAGCGUUUUUGGUGGGGAACUCAAAACAGUACAGGAUACUAGUUGAAUGCUUGGAUGAUGUUGAUGCGGAGUCACUUAAAAGUGCCGCGGAAUAUUUAAUGGAAACACUGGCAGAUCCAGCAGCUAUUGUCCUGGGCUCAUGUCCAGGUGAAGGGAAGGUUAGUCUAGUGGCUGCUUUUACUCCAGGUGUGGUUGAUCAGGGGAUUCAGGCAGGUAAGUUUAUUGGACAGAUAGCAAAAUUAUGUGGUGGAGGAGGAGGUGGAAGGCCCAAUUUUGCUCAGGCUGGUGGGAGGAAGCCUGAUAAUUUGGCUGAUGCUCUCGAGAAAGCUAAGUCAGAGCUUAUAGCUCAUCUUGGUGAAAAUGGGAACUAAGUCCCGGGACACAUGGCAAAUGUUUUUAUGUUAAUUAAGGCACAACAGAUAAUAUCGAUUCUUUGUUUUGGAGACUAUACAGCACAAGAGGGCCGGAAGAUUAAGUGAAGAUAUUUUUCUUUUAAUUCUAGGAGGCUUAUAAUGAAAGUUUGAUAAUAUUGAUUCUUUGUUUUGGAGACUAUACAGCACAAGAGGGAUGGAAGCUCGAGUGAAGUUUGUUUUGCUUUUAAUUCUAGGAGGCUUAUAAUGGAAGUUUCCAAAUAGUGUAUAGUGGUUGUAAAAAUGUGACUGUAUGUUGUACCAAAGUCUAUGUAGUAUCCUGAUACAAACAGUCCAGUGCUGGCCGAUAUGUUCCCCCAGCUUGUAAUUUUGGACUGGUGCAUCUCAGAUUGGAUGCAAAACUUUGUAACUACAAACUCAUUACCUUGGGACAUAAAGAAUGUCACCUUUAUCUUUCUUGAA